AUGUUCCGCGGCGCCUCCUCCUUCGACAGAGACAUCUCCUCGUGGGACACGCCUGCAGUCGUCGACAUGAGCCGCAUGUUCCGCGGCGCCUCCUCUUUCAACAAGGACAUCUCCUCGUGGGACACGUCGACUGUCCGCUACAUGGACCACAUUUCAACGGCGCCUCCUCUUUCGACAAAGGACAUCUCCUCGUGGAACACGUCGGCGGUCGUCUUCAUGAGCUACAUGUACAUGUUCCAGGGCGCCUCCGCCUUCGACAAGGACCUCAGCUCGUGGGACACGUCGGCG